CGCUCCCAUUCUCCUUCCCCCUCCUUCCCUCCCCAUCGCCCCUCUCCCACCCGCCGAUUCCACCGAACAGAAACGAAUCGAAAGAGAAGGAGAAAGGAGGCGCUUCUCCCCUCCCGCAUCCUCCUCGCCGUCGCGCCUGCCCCGCCCGGCGGUCGGCGAAGGCGCUUCGUUGGGCCACCGAUCCCUCGGAAGCUCCCUGCGCCGCCUCUCUUUCCAGGCACAAUUUUCAAUGGCUUCAACUAGAAAAUCGAGAAAUGUGAACCGACGGUUUAGUAAAGAUUUUGAAGAGUGGCCUGAGAAGGAUGAGACACUUCUUAAGCAAAGCCGACCACGGUUAUCAAUAUUAUCAUCUGGCAUCUGAAAUGCAGAAGAGGAAGUUGUCUGAUAUGCUUGGUUCUCGGUGGAGCAAAGAUGAACUUGAACAUUUCUAUGAAAAUUACCGCAAGUAUGGGAAAGAUUGGAAAAAGGUCGCUGGCACCUUACGUAACAGAACAUCAGAUAUGACAGAAGCUCUUUACAACAUGAACAAAGCAUAUUUGUCACUUCCAGAAGGAACAGCAACUGCAGCUGGAUUAAUUGCAAUGAUGAUUGAUCACUACAACAAUCUGGAAGGAAGCCAUAGUGAUCGGGAAAGUAAUGAUGUAGCAAGAACAUCUCAAAAGCCUCAGAAGCGUGGCCGGGGGAAAUUUCAGCUUAGCUCCAAAGGUUCUGAUGGAUACUCUCCUGAUAGGUUGCAAAAUCAAUCAGGGUCAUCAAGAUAUGGAUGCCUAUCUUUGCUGAAGAAGAAACGUUCUGGAGAUCUGUUUUCUGCAAAUCAGCCUCGAGCUGUUGGAAAAAGGACUCCUCGUUUCCCUGUUUCAAAUCUGUACAACAAAGAUGAUAAGGAAAGAUCAACAUAUAUGAGUAAACAGUCUUCGAUGACAGCAGUUGAUUCUGUUGAUGAUGAAGGUGCUCAUGUUGCAGCCAUGGCUUUGACAGAGGUUCUGCAAAGAGGAGGCUAUGGCUCACCACAAGUUUCUCUAACACCUGGAAGGAGGAUCAACCAUUCAAAUUGUUCUAUUAUUAAAAGUAGUGAACAAAGGAGUGCUGAAAUGGAGACAGACAGGUCAAAAUUAAUCAAUGCUCAAACGGAUGGUGAUUUUCAUGAAGCUAGUUUAGGUAGUAGGGAAGCUGAGAAUUUGUAUUUUACUAGAGACGAAAAAGAAGGUGAAGGAGCAGUUGAAGCUCCAAGAAGGUUGAAGAAGCAUCAAGGAAAAGGACCGAGAAACCUAGACACUGAAAACUUUCAAAUCGAUGAUGAUAGGGAAGCAUGCAGUGGUACUGAAGAAGGAUCAAGUGUCAAAAAAAUUAAAAAUGAACAAGACAUUGAGAUUAGAGACAGUAAAUCCAGUCAUGGAUCUUCGAAGAAAAGAAGCCGGCAACUCUUUUUUGGAGAUGAGAACACUGCCCUCGAUGCUUUGCAGACACUAGCAGAUUUGUCUGUUAACAUUUUGCUGCCAUCAUCUGUUGUUCAGGCUGAAUCAUCAGCCAGGGUUAAAGAAGAACAAAAAAAUAUGGAUAUGGACGUGAAGCCUAAUAUAUCUGAAUCAUUAUCCUUAAAUUGCCCUAGAGAUAAGACUAAAGUUUUGGGAAAAAGGGAGCGACGGAAUCCUUCAAGUGUUGGUUCUGAUAUGCUUUCCAGGAAAAGCUCUAAAGCUGUGAAGGGCUCACAGCUUGAUGCAAAAGCUAUUGCUGACAUGAAUCUUCAAGCCCAACAAUGCAUAGAUCUGACAGAGAAAAGAAAAACAAAAAUGUUUUCUUCAAAAAUUCUACGCAUGGACUUCUUCAAUGAUCCUCAUAAAAGUGAAUCACAGAGGAUGGAGGCUUCUGCUGAAGAAGGAAAAAGAUUCACUGCUAAGGGUAAACGAGCAAGUCAAGUUACUCCAUUGGUUAGGCAAGACAAGUUUAUUAAAGCACCAGAGAAUUCUUCUCCUGUUGAUGCUGGAAGAACAGCUAUACACUCAAGUGAAACAACUGUUCAUGUUGGCACUGAAAAUCAAGGUAAACUGCUUGCCUCAAAUAGAAAUCGUCGCAAAAUAAGCCUGAUAAAGGCAUUGGACUGGAAGGACUUUAAACCUAGCAGCGUAUCUGAUCAUCCUGAUAGACUCUCUCAUUCGAUCAGCAGCACAUUUGAGCUUAAGGGAAAACUUUCUCAUUGUCUGUCAUCUAAACUGCUUCGUAGAUGGUGUAUGUUUGAGUGGUUUUACAGUGCCAUUGACUAUCCAUGGUUUGCUAAAAGUGAGUUUGUGGAGUAUUUGAAUCAUGUGAGGUUAGGACACAUACCUAGGCUAACUCGUGUGGAGUGGGGUGUCAUACGAAGUUCUCUUGGAAAACCACGGCGAUUCUCUAAACAAUUUUUGAAGGAAGAAAGAGAGAAGGUUGAGCAGUAUAGAGAAUCAGUCAGGACACACUAUGCUGAACUUCGUGCUGGCCUUAGAGAAGGUCUUCCACCAGACCUAGCUCGCCCUUUAUCAGUCGGCCAAAGGGUCAUCGCUUGUCACCCUAAAACAAGAGAACUUCAUGAUGGAAGUGUUUUGACUGCUGACCGUAGUAGAUGCAGGGUUCAAUUUGAUCGCCCUGAAUUAGGGGUUGAGUUUGUUAUGGAUAUUGACUGCAUGCCACUGAAUCCCUUUGAAAACAUUCCUGAAGCAUUGAGAAGGAAUAUUGGUCUCGGCAGACACAGCAACAGUUUGAAGGAUUUAAAACUAGAAGAUUGCACCAAGGAUUGGCGAAUUGGAAAUUCUAUGAGACUUACUCCGAAUGAGAGUUUUGACAUUGGUGGUGGGAGUUCCCCUACUACUACUAGUUAUCAAAUGAAUACAUUAAUGAAACAUGCCAAGGGGGACACAUUAGAUGCCAUUGUGCAAGCUAAAGCUACGGUAAAUCAAGCUGCUGUUGCAGCACAGCAGGCAAUGUAUAAUCAACCCUGUUCUCUAUCACAAAUUCAGGAGAGAGAAGCUGAUAUAAGAGCUCUUUCUGAGUUAUCACGUGCUCUUGAUAAAAAGGAAGCUCUUUUGAAGGAAUUGAGGAAUAUGAACGAAGAAGUAUCUGAAAAGCAACAGGAUGGUGAUACCAUAAAAGAUCUGGAGCAUUUCAGAAGGCAGUAUGCCAUGGUGCUUGUUCAGCUACGUGAUGCUAAUGAUCAGGUUGCUGCUGCUCUGCUCUCUCUAAGACAGCGUAACACGUACCAUGGUAACUCAACACCUUCAUGGAAUAGGCCAUCAGAAAAUUUUGAAGUUCUUGGACUUCCAGAAACGUUCAACUCAUCUGCUCUUCUCAAUCUGGAAUUUGGAUCUAAUGUAGUGGAAAUUGUUGAAACUUCAAAGCGAAAAGCAAGGGCAAUGGUUGAUGCAGCAGUCAAGGCAAUGUGCACACUCAAGGAAGGAGAAGAUGCCUUUAAUAAAAUUGGGGUGGCUUUAGAUUUAGCAAAUAAUUCUGUUUCUAGUAAAGGAGUGGCACAAGGGCCUCCUAAUUCUGGACAUGGCAAUACAGCAAAUCCAGAGCACACAGGAAGGAUAUUUGAUUCAGCAACAGUUAGUCCAAAGUCUAAUAAUCCAUCUGAUGCUGAUCUUCAAAUUCCUUCUGAGCUAAUAUCAUCAUGUGUAUCUACCUUGCUUAUGAUUCAGGUCUGCACAGAGAGACAGUAUCCACCUUCUGAGAUUACGCAGAUUCUUGAUUCUGCUCUCGCAAGUUUGCAACCAUGUUCUCCACAUAACCUUCCAAUCUACAGGGAAAUUGAGACUUGCAUGGGUAUUAUUAAAAACCAAAUGUUGGCUUUGAUACCAACCCCAAGUAAUAUUGCCCCAGAAAUUUCCACAGCUUAGAAGUUUCUCACUUCUGCCUGUUUCCCAUUUGUGUAGCUAAGCAAAAUGAUUUAAUUUUUGCUUGUUCAUGUUUCUCAUUUCCUUUUUUUCUUCUUAAUUGUUUCUCAAGCAAACAAAUUUUCUUUACCUGAUUGGUUGGGUACUCAAGUUGAUUCAUCUUAUUUAUAAAUAUGCUUCAUAAUUUUCUUC